AUGGAAACGGAAAGCUGUACUUUUAGGGAACAUGAUUUUGUUUGGGCUAAAAUGGCUGGUUACAAUCACUGGCCAGCCAUAGUUAUGACACCAGAUCCAUACGCGCCUGUGAAAACAACAAAAGACAUGCAAUGGAUCUAUUUCCUAGGCACUCACAAUUACGCCUGGAUUGAAGACAAGAACAUCAAACCUUAUGAGGAAUUCAAACAACAAUUCAAAAAAAAAAGCACCGAAUCGGCCAUGAAGGAAAUGGAAGAGAUAAUCGCAAAUUUGGCAAAAGAUCCGGAAUAUAAAAUAACAUUCAUCAAAUACGUAUCAAAGAGGCCAAGCCCGAAAAAAAGCAAAAAAUCAAUAGGAGGGACUCCAGUUGUUAGCAAGAAAAGGCCUAUGCCAUUGAAGGAGAAAAACACUCCUGCGCCCAAAAAGAAAGCCAAAUCUUCCAUGUCUGCUUCAUCGAUUGAUGCAUUAAAUACCACUCAAGAGGGACCAUUAGUAGAAGAUGGACUUGAAAAACUUAAGUCAGUCACUUUGGAUACAGUUAAUUUGGGUACUUCAGAUAAGUUUUUUGGAAUUUUGGCUGGCAACACUAAUUAUGCUGAAGGGAUCAUCAGGAAUUUGAUCUCCUCUGGGCAUAGACUUUUUGUAUGGAGCCACAGCUCAGUCAUGAACGAAGAGUUGCGGGCUUAUGCAGAGCAACAAGGGGCUUUUUUCAGAAUUUGCCCUACUCCAAAACAAGUGCUUAGAAACGCUGAAAUAAUCUUCAGCUGCCUCUCAGAUCCUGAAGAAGCCAAAAUUAUAAUAAACAGUCUGGGGGUUCUUGAUAACCUUGACGAAUCCAUCAAUGGCAAGGGCUACGUUGAGUUGAGUAGCAUAGGUCCCGAGUUGUCUCUAGACUUCAGUGAGAUGGUUACUAAGAAAGGCGGCACCUAUUUGGAAGCAAUGUUGCAAGGAAACAAAAAAGACGCCGAUAAAGGGGACUUGAUCGUGUUGGCAGCUGGACCACAACAGCUUUUUGUUGAUUGCCAGUCCUGCUUCAAAGCUAUGGGAAAGGCAUCAUUUCUACUAGGCAAAAUAGGCUCUGCUUCCAGCAUCCACAUGAUAUUCCAAAUGAUGAAAGGUGUCCUUGUGUCGGCCUUAGUGGAGGGCUUUGCAAUGGCCGAUCGUUGCAGCAUCAAGCUCGACGCAUUUAAUAAAGUUUUCAAUAUGACACAAAUGACCAGUGAAUACUUAAAAAGGAGGUGCGAUGUUAUUGUCAACAAGAACUUUGUCGAAGCUGAAGAACCUUUGCAACAGUUGCAACAGGAUUUGCGACAAGGGCUGGAAAUGUCUGAGAAAAUAAAACAACCGAUGCGUCUGGCAUCCAGCGCCAAUGAACUAUUGAAACUCUCACGUAGAAUGGGCGAUGAUAACCAGGAUACCGCAUGUGUCUAUAAUCGCACCAGAUACUAG